AUGUCUUCAUCAUCAAGCGACGGACAGAAAAGUAUUCACGAAGGCUUGGAGUCAUCGGAUAACAUCUUCUCAUAUAUUCUUGCAUUACCACCUUCCGAGUUGGACGCCUUGUAUGAUCAUACUUGGACGUGCAAAGCUGUGUUCAGAUUUCUUUCCGAUGUUGCAAAGCAAUAUGUGAUGAGAAUGUUGUUUUGCGCAGAAAUACCUCGAAAGCAAAUACAAUUGGAUGUACCAAAAAAAUUAACCAAUUUAUCUGGAUAUUUGGAUAGUAGCGGAGGAUCAAAGAAAAAUCAAGAGCAAGAUCAAAAAGCACUUUUAAAGCAAAUUCAAGAUGCGCACGAAAGUGCUUUAGCUCAAUUGAUAAAAUAUAGAAUUAUUAGCCUUGUGUACAGCGACACACACAAGGAAGAGUUUUUUGUCAUGAAUAACCAUUUCCAACAAACAUUCAGAAAAUUAGUAACCAGUACUACUCAUAGCUUGGUACCUACAGCUUCUCAUAGCCACCAUCAUCACAAGAAAAAUAGAGAAUCAAAAGAAAACGCAGAUCACAUGACUGAUGAGGGUGAUCAUCACGAACAAAACAAUGCCGAAUCUGAGUUGGAGCCAAAGAAGAAGAAGCGAAAAAAGCACAAACCCAAAGAUUUAGAUCCUGAGUUUCUUCAAGACUACUCUAAGAGAAAAUGGGAAAAUGUUUUAUUGUAUCUUGUUGGAACUGCAGUUGAAACAGAGCAAUCCUUUUCAGAAAAUGUUAAAGAACUGCUCAAAUGCUCUCAGCUGAUCAAAAGAUCACAGUCAGUUAAAAUCACAAACGAAGGUUUUCAAUUUCUCCUUCAAGAAACUAAAGUUCAAGUUUGGAAGCUUUUAAAGCAAUACUUGGAAACAGCACAAGGAAGAAAUCAAAGCAAGAAUGAAAUCCUUAACUUUAUUUUUGAGUUGGGAUUUUUAGAAAUUGGAAAAGAAUACAGUAGUAAGGAAUUAACACCAACUCAAAAAAGUGUACUAGUAGAUUUUAAUGACCUGGGUAUAAUUUAUCUUCCAAGAGACAAGAAGAAGAGAAUUAAGGAUAAAUAUUACUUUCCAACCCCAUUAGCUAAGAACUUGACAAUAUCCGUUUCAACCAGUUAUGACACGGUCACCUCGUUUGGAGUUUCAAAUAAGGAGACGGGAAGCGGUUACAUUAUUGUAGAAACUAAUUACCGAGUAUAUGCCUACACCAAUUCUCCUCUGCAAAUUGCUCUCCUUUCAUUAUUCAUUUUCCCAGAAUAUCGUCUUCCAAAUCUAAUUGUUGGACUUAUCACCAGAGCUACCAUCAGAGAAGCCCUUAAGAAUGGAAUUACAGCUCAUCAAAUUUUGCAAUUUUUAAGAUUGAAUGCCCACCCUAUUAUGAGGCAGAAAAAACCAGUUGUUCCAGAUACUGUUUCAGAUCAAAUUAUUUUGUGGGAAAAGGAAAGAAACAGAUUGAAGAAGACACAAAGUGUUGUUUAUGACAAAUUUACAAGCAUCAAAGACUUGGAGAACACCAUUGAAUAUGCCAAGAGUAUUGGUGCAUUGUUGUGGAGCAGUACUGAGCAGAUGAUGCUUAUUUGCAGAAGGGAUAAGCAUGAAUUGAUGAAAAAGUUCAUCUCCACUCACACACAUUAA